AUGGGAAAAGGUGGGGGCUGUGUUCCUAGCAAGAAAAAACUUCCCAAUGCCACAACAAUUGUACACGAAUCCCCACCCAAAUCCAUUUCCAACAUUACUGCCCCACCCGACCCGAACAAGAACCUGAAGCUCUUCAUAGUCUUUUACUCAAUGUACGGCCACGUGGAGGGUCUGGCCAGGCGGAUGAAGAUGGGUGUCGACGCUGUGGACGGCGUCGAGGCGGUGCUGUUUCGGGUGCCAGAGACGCUGCCUGAUGAUGCCCUGGCCCAAAUGCGGGCCCCUCCUAAGGACGAUUCGAUUCCGGUAAUUAGGUCUCCUGCAGACUUGGAGUUGGCGGAUGGGUUCUUGUUUGGGUUCCCGACGAGGUACGGGUGCAUGGCGGCACAGAUGAAAGCAUUCUUUGAUUCGACUGGGCAGUUGUGGAAGGAGCAGAAGCUAUCUGGGAAGCCCGCUGGGUUCUUUGUCAGCACGGGGACUCAAGGAGGUGGCCAAGAGACCACUGCGUGGACAGCAAUCACUCAGUUAGCUCAUCAUGGAAUGCUAUUUGUUCCCAUUGGGUAUACUUUUGGCGCUGGUAUGUUCAAAAUGGAUUCCAUUAGAGGGGGUUCUCCAUAUGGUGCUGGAGUCUUUGCUGGGGAUGGCACAAGGGAAGCAAGUGAAAUGGAGCUGGCCCUGGCAGAGCAUCAGGGUAAGUACAUGGCUGCUGUAAUCAAGAAGCUAGCUCAGGGUUGA